CAGGACUCUCAAGACAUAAAAAUUCUAAACAUAAUGAUUAUAACACACCUUCUAUUCAACAUUAUGUUUUGCCAGAAAAUGCUAUAAACGAAUGGAAGAAAAUGUUAGUAUAUACUAUUCAUAAACGGCUUCCCCUUGCUUUUCGAAAAACUGAAAAGCAAGUAAUUAAAUUUCCAUGUAUAGAAGGACCUAAUGCAUAUCAAAAUAUUAGUUCAAUAUUAGAUGAUCAAUGUUGGGGUGUACGACACUAUAAAUGUAACCAGAUUUCUUAUGUUGUAUUGUUUAUUCAAACAACUAUUGAGA